AUGGCCACAAAGAUCAAGCCAGGAGAAGAUGCCGAUUACGACGAAGACUACGCCGUCGAGCUGGCAAAUAUGAAGGCGAAGAGGAAAACCCUGCGUCGUCAGAUCACGGUGUCGAACACACAGGUCGAGACUCUGACUAAUUCCAGAGGCUCACGGGGAGCCAUUCAAGGCUUACUACUCCAUCUCAACGACUUAAUACUCCGAGCCUCACAGCUUCAGACCGACAUCUCUACCAUGGAAGAUGACGAGGAAGAAGCCGAAAGACAAGACGCCAAUCACUUGGGUUAUGUCACGCGUGUUGGUGAGCUGUCUGCCAACGCUCAAGAUUAUAUCAGGAGUAGAGAUGGAGAUGCAGCGUCCAUUGUUGGACCGAACCGAGACCCACCUCUACCUCCCGUUUCUCCAUCUGAAAUUCUCCGGCGAGAGCAAGCUCGUCAAGACGAAAUUGCAGCAACUCGACUGAGAACUGAGAGAGCCCGCGAGCAAGCUGUGGGGACCCGCCAGCAAGCAGAUCAAGCAUGGGAGGAAGCGGACGCAGCCCAAGCUGCCCUUAGGCUACUCGGCGUCGAACCUCCCGGAGGAUCGAUACCACCAGAUGAUGACCAUUUCACUUCCAUCAGUCAACAGAUCAACAACACCACUCCGCUAGCAAAGACAUUGUUGGAUCAACAACGUCAGAAGAAUCUUGAUAGCACUCAAGAAACUCCUGACACCUGGAUCGAUCUGUAUAGUGCUGGCCGUCUACCUCCUGUUAUCACUGCUCGUAGUACACGCUCAUCAGUAUCGGCGGAAUUGGAACCUUUCGACGAAAAGGCUUUGGAGUGGUUUUCCUGGAUCGAUUUGUUUCGAGCAUUGGUGCACGAUACCCCCAAGUCUCCCGGAGAGAAGCUGGCCCUUUUAAAGAGAUUUCUUCGAGGAGACUGCUUGGACCUGGUAUACGGACUAGGAGGUGGUGAAGCAGCCUAUAUCGAGGCCCUGGUUCGGCUGAAGCAGACAUGUGGCCACCGAGACGUCAUGAGAGCAGCACAUCACCAAGCCAUCCAGAAGUUGGAGACGAAGCAAGAUCCAGCAUCAUUCAAGAGGUUCGCCGAACGUAUCCGCACCCAUUUAUUCGACCUUAGCCGAAUUGGAGAGACGGGGACGACGGAUUUGAUUGAGAAGAUUUGUCUCAAAUUACAUCUAAACGACCGGUUGGCCUGGAAUGAAGACAGACGGGGACGGAUCGAAGAUCGAAGCUUGAACACCUUCGGAAUGUGGUUAUGUUCCCGCGCUUCCGCGUAUCAGAACGCUUUCAGCAUUGCAGCCGAUCAAGUCAAUCCAACUUCGUCCAAACCAACUAAUCCUCGACGCCAAGCCCGGACCAAUCAGAGUUCAGCAAAGAUGGCAGGUGAACAUAAACAAGUUUCCUUCCCCUUCACUGGAAAACCGUUCUGUUUUAAAUGUGAGAAAGGACACAGACUAUCGGAUUGUGAAGAUUUCAAAUUACUCUCCGUCGGGGAGCGCCUUACCUUCUGCAUGCGCCAUCGUCUUUGCUUCAGUUGUUUCUCAACCAAACAUUCAGUUUACGAAUGUGACAGGCGAAAGCCGUUUAAACACUCUGGUUGCGGUUAUUACCAUCACCCGCUGUUACACCAUGCUGCCAAAGAAAAACUGCCGACAGAAACAGAAGAAAAGGCUCGACCUACAACCGCAAGAAUCGGAGCCCCUCGACAAGUCACCAUGGGUAUGCUGCGUCUUCGAGUGAUGGCCGACGACGGAAGUUGGGUGUUAGCCAAUAUCUUCUUCGACGAAGGUAGCGAUUCAACUCUAAUGCGAAGUUCCUUCGCCACGGCCCUGAAACUCCGCGGCCCACGUCAGAUCUUAGCUGUGGACGGAGCUGGCGGAAUAAUCAACCGCUAUCCAUCGACCAGGGUCCAGUUUCGAGUUCGAGCGACGGAUGGCAAUAUCUUCUCUCUAGAAGGAUCUACCAUGAAAACUGUAGCCAGCCCUACACCCAUCACCGACUGGAACAAGGAGAAGUCUCAUUGGUCUCAUCUUAAAAACCUUCCGCUCGGCGAAACAGGAGGAAAGGUCGACGUCUUGAUCGGGCUAGAUCAUGCACACCUGCUGGCCGUCCGAGAUUCAAGAGUUGGUGAAGAAAAGGAACCUAUCGCCUCCAAGACCGCCUUCGGAUGGGUCGUCAGAGGAGUCGUCAAUGGACGAGUAAAUUCGGCUUCCGCCCGUAGCUGCAAGAUUUCCGGAUUUACUUCCUUAGCCAACCUCGCUACUGAAAUGCGCCGAUUCUGCGACACAGAAGAUUAUGGAACGGAGCAUCAAGUCGGCUGCCUGUCGCCCGAGAAUAAACGCGCUCUCGCAAUUGUCCAAGAGAAAACCAGGAGAUUGGAAGUCGGAUACGAAGUGCCGAUCAUAUGGCGAGAAGGAGAACCCGACUUGACCAACAAUCGUCCGAUGGCCGAAAAUAAAUUCCGUAGCAUGUUGAAUCGAUUCAAACGUCAGCCAGAAUUCGAAGAGGAUUACCGAGCAGCUGUCCGGAAAUACUUCGACAAAGGUUACGCUUCCCGUGUUCCUGAUCCAGCUACCGCAAAAUACUUCCUAGCCCAUCAUGGAGUUUACAAAGGAAAGAAGCUACGUGUGGUCUACGACGCCGCUGCCCCGUUCAAGGGAAAAUGUCUCAACGAUUCGAUAAUCAGUGGCCCAGCUCUUCAACCAUCUUUGGCGGCCGUCAUCACUCUUUUCCGAGAGGGAGCCGUUGCCUGGGCGUCCGAUAUCGAAGCCAUGUUCAGCCGCUUCCGGCUUUCCAUCGAAGACCGGGAUUACUUCUGUUUCCUAUGGCAGGAGAAAGACGACAUCGAACCAAUUGUUUGUCGGAUGGACCGACUUCCUUUCGGAGCCAGCUGCUCCCCUUUCGUGGCCAUUUAUGGAGUGCGCCGCAUCCUGAAGGACACCGGAGCACCAGACAAGGUGGUUCGUGCCGUCGAGGAGAAAAUGUAUGUAGAUGACUAUUUAGGAUCCGCAACAUCCGUUACUGAAGCAGUUGAAGAAGCCGUCACAGUCAAGAACUCCUUGUCCGCUGCUGAUCUCAAUCUUCAAGGAUGGAUCUCAAAUUCGCCGGAAUUUUUACUGGAGGUGUCGAAGACCGAUCGGCCGGUAACAGCUACACCUUCCGCUCAUCCGCUCACCAGUGAGAGCACAGAAAAGGUUCUUGGCGUCGUCUGGGACACCAAUUCUGACACUUUAGGAUUCCUAGUAGCCAAAUCAUCCGACGCAGCCCUAACUCGCGUCAGUCUGGUCAGCAAGGUAGCCGGUGUGUUCGACCCGCUUGGAACGGCUUCGCCGUUGAUCGUCAAGGCCAAGAUUCGUCUAAGAGCAUUGGGUCUCAAGGGACUCGACUGGAGCGACGAAAUUACCGGUGACGACGAGAUUUGGUGGCGUAGCUGGUUCAUCGCUUUGGAACAACUUAACACAUUGAAGAUGCCACGAUGCUUAUUUCCGGAAGAAGCCCAAAUCAUCGACGCCGAACUUCACACCUUCUGUGAUGCUUCGGAAGAGGCCUAUGCUGCAGUGAUUUAUCUUCGCGUCCAAUACUCCGACGGUCACGUUUUGGUUCGAUAG